AUAAACUUCAUCGCGAUAUUCACGAUUACGUGACUAAAAAUGUCUAAUAACAGCCUGUUUUUGAAGUCUGGCUUUGUGAGGGCGCCUCUGCAGAACGGCGUUGGCCGCUACGUAUGCCAAUUGCAAAGAAUUGUGCUUAAAUUCUGUAAAAGUCAUGGCAGCAGUCGCGGUAUGAGGGACUUCAUAGAGCAGGACCUGGUGGAGUUUGCACGGGAGAACCCUGGAGUGGUGGUGUACCUUAAACCUCGGCGUCACCGCGCCCCGGUCGUUGUCGGAGAGUACUUAAACGGCGACCGUGUCUGGAUGAACAUGUGUAACAAGCAGCAAACAGAAAUAACCAAAUGGAUGGAAGUACUCCGCACCCAACAGGGUGAUGUGUCCAACACCCGACUUAAGAAGUAUCAGCACACCGACCACCCGUCCAUACAGGGUGCCUGGACGCCUUGGACGUUUAAAGCACCUGAACUUAAUACCGCUACGCUACCGGAUGCAGAGUUUGGAAGGAAUGACAGACUGCCGCGUUCGGCGACGGAAGAGCUGCGGCUGCUGUUUGAAAAACAGAGGCUGGACGAAAAACAACUCAAGACUGGGGAGUAGACUACAAGUAUUAAGAAAUGUAAGCCUUAAGGUGACAGUCCAUUUCCAACGACAGCAGCACUACCAUUAAUUUUACUAUAGAAAUUGACAAUAACACCGACGUGUUCGUACUAUAGUUCGUUUUUUUAGCAUUAGAAAUAAGGUAAACAAUCUUGACGUGUAUUUUAAUUGAAAAACACAUUUUAAAAAUAAGUUACGGCAAAUAUGUAACAAUUUAGAAUGUAAAACGAUCAUUUAUAUUCUUCUGCUUUCAUAAUAGUUACUGAUUUUUAAAAAGCGUUUUUCAAUUAAAAGACGUGUCAAGAUUGUUUACCUUAUUUCUAAUGCUAAAAAAACGAACUAUAGUAGUGCAGCUGCGGUCAGAAAUGGAAUGUUACACUUAGAACGCACUGCGAUUAACCUUUUCGACGCCGUGUUUAAAGCUGUCACUCGGACGCCACGUCACCGAAGUGUCAAAACUGAAAUUGAACUUUAUGCAUAUGCACGUAGGUCCAUGUUACUCUGUAGUCUGUGACCGAUUAAUCUGCCUUUGGCAAUGGACCUGCGGUGCGGAUAUAUCGGUUGGCGUCCAAAAGGUUAAUUUCUUGUGGUAUCAGUCUUACAAGUGAGUGUGGUUAUGAAGCAUGCCGUACGCAAAGAGUUCAUUUGUGACGUCCCAUGGGUAAAGGUACGUUAUGGCGGCUGGCGCUUACGUCGCAUAACACUGCAAUAAUAUUUGUGCGCCGUUAAUAAUAGCGUAAGCGCCAACCGCCAUAAGGUACCUUUACCCAUGGGACGUCACAUUUUAGUAUAACUGGCCAGCCUUCAAUAACUAGCCACCUUAUACUAAAAUGAAUUCUGUUUAUAGGUGAAUAGAAUUCAUUUUUAGUUUAUACUAAAAUGAAUUCUGUUUAUAGGUGAAUUUCAUUUAUAGUUUAUACUAAAAUGAAUUCUGUUUAUAGGUGAAUAGAAUUCAUUUUUAGUUUAUACUAUAAUGAAUUCUGUUUAUAGGUGAAUAGAAUUCGGUUUUAGUAACUGGCCGCCCCAGUUACUAAAACCGGCCAGUGACUGGCGAAUUACCCUAAUUAUAAUUAGUUUUAGAUUGUACAAAUAUAGAUUUAUGAAAUAAA